AUGGGGCUCUUACAGAACAUCACAAGGAGGUUACCCUCUACAAAAGGCAGCCUCGAGAAGUUCGACGACCUGUCGCGCCGCGCCGAAAAAGUCUCUCCUCGAUUAGCCUUCUUCCGCCGCCGGAUACGACUAAAGGGCAAUUCCUCCGUCUCGAUACCGCUGGGCAUUGUGCUCCUGUUUCCAUGUCUCGUUAUAAUCUUAAUAUUAAUUCUCUUCGUGAGAUCGCCGGACUCGCAAGGCAUCAUGAUGAUGCCUGCAGGCACUCCUCCCUCGAUACGGAAGAUAAGCGACAAGCAUGAUAAGCCAUUCGCGGUAGGCUGCCUCGAGCCCAAGGUCGACGGACCCCGAGCGAAAGCCGCUUUCGUGGUGCUGGCGAGGAACAAGGAGCUAGACGGCGUUAUACAAUCAAUCAAGUCGAUCGAGAGACAUUUCAAUCGAUGGUUCAAUUAUCCAUACGUCUUUCUGAACGACGGCGACUUCAACGAGACAUUCAGAGAAACGGUGGAGAACCACACGAGUGCGCUAGUGGAAUGGGGGAAGAUUACCCCGGAGAUGUGGGGUUUCCCAGGUUGGGCUGAUCCUGCUGUCGCAAAAGAAGGAAUUCAGAAGCAAGGAGAUGCGGCCAUCAUGUACGGAGGCAUGGAAAGCUACCAUCACAUGUGUCGCUUCUACUCCGGGUUCUUCUACAAGCAUGAACUACUCCAGAAGUACGAGUGGUACUGGCGCCUCGAGCCGGAGAUUAAGUACUUUUGCGAUAUCACCUAUGACCCGUUCAUCCACAUGAUUCGGAACAACAAGACCUACGGCUUCACGAUUGCGGUAAAGGAACUCAGGGAAACAGUGCCCAACAUUUUUCGAUAUGCUUCAGCAUACAAGAGGAUGAACAACCUCACCUCCCAGGGCUUAUGGGAGAUGUUCACCGAGAAGCCGGAGGAGAAAGAGAAGGAUCUGCCGAAAGACGACGCCAAAUACAAGAAGCCACUGCCCGAAGAGAUUCUCAACUCUGAACCCGGUGGAGCACUUCCGGACAUCGACCCCGAAGCAAUGGAGGGCGAGACGUACAACAUGUGCCACUUUUGGAGCAACUUCGAAAUCGCCAGGCUCGACUGGUUCCGAAGCAAGGAAUACAAUGACUUCUUCGAGAUGAUGGACCGGAGUGGAGGCUUCUGGAUGGAGCGGUGGGGAGACGCGCCAAUCCACUCGCUUGCUGCUGGAGCUCUUCUGGGACCGAAAGACAUCCACUACUUCCGCGACUUUGGCUAUCGGCAUACAACGAUACAGCAUUGUCCAGCCAAUGCGCCGGCGCGCCAGCUGCCCAGGAUACCGUUCUUGGAGAAGACGACGAAAGACGAAAAGAAGCGCAUCGAGGAAGACGAAUACUGGGCGACGCCGGACCCGCCCAAGGAGAACGGUGUCGGCUGCCGGUGUAAGUGCGACACCGACAUUGUCGACGUAGAAGGCAAGCAAGGCUCCUGCCUUGCCGAAUGGGUCGAGGUUGCAGGCGGCUGGGCAUCGCCGGCCUCUGCUUAG